ACGCCUGAAGAAGAAGAACGCUGUUGCUAAGCGACGAUCACGCUACAAAACUAAAGUGAACGAAAAAGCUUUUGUUUUCACGGUUCGCUCAUCUGCCUUUAAUGAAAGAACAUUUGCUACAUUGUUUUAUUCUCCACAAUCGUCAUUCUUCAUUUCAGUCAUGCCACUUCCAGACACAUUGUAUUGUGCCCAGCAAAUCAACAUCCCUCCCAAGCUGCCAGACAUCCUCAAAAACUUCACAAAGGCAGCCAUCCGAACACAGCCUAAGGACCUGCUGCAGUGGUGUUCAGCAUAUUUUAAUGCGUUGGCCAAAGGAGAGUGUCUUCCGGUGAAGGAGAGGCUGGAGAUGAAUGUUGCCACCCAGAAGACUGACACUGGAUUGACUCCAGGUCUACUGAAGAUUCUCCAUAAGCAGCUGUCUCCAAGGCAAACAUGCAGCAAAAGGGAGCUGCAGACUAAAUGGAAGGGUCUCUGUCUUCCCAUGGAACAACUGGAGAACCUGCUGUCGUUGGGCAGCUUUCAUUCAGAAAUUGCCUGGAUGGAGUUUUUUGCCCUGGGCUGUAGUGCUCUUGGAGGGACUCUCAUGAGCUCUCUGAAGUACGCCUGUGAGAUCCUGACAAAUGAUGAGGAGGGUGGCCCUGCGAGGAUCCCAUUCGAAACCUUCGCCCAGCUCUACACCUACCUUGCUCACCUAGACGGAGACGUAUCACAGGACCACAUUGAGAACUUCCUCCACAGUCUGCAGCCACAAGUCAACACGCAGAAUGGCAUGAUUCAAGUUUCCAACUUCUACGCCGGCAGGAUGUUUGAGAAGGUCAGACAGAAAGCUAUGAAGACUAAAUGAAGCAGCAGAAGAGAGUUAUAGUGGUGAAUUAUUAAAAGAGUCCAUGAAUACUGAAAAA